AUGGCAUUCCUGUUCAAAUCCAAAAACAAGCACGCGCAUGCUGCGCAGGCUGCCUCGAGCCUGCCUGCGGCGAGUCGAAACGUCCACACAUCCGAUGGCACGCCCUCCUCAACUACGCAGAAUGGCUCGGUAGAAAAGAGCGGCGGAGAGCGCUUGACAACGCAAUCACCUCCGCCCAACGCGACUGCGAAUCCGAAUGGCUCAAUGAGUGCGAUGGGUUCGACUCUGGCCAGCGCGCCAACAUUUGCUCGGCGUGAAAGAGCCGAGUCGGAGUCUGGGGCUCGCCCGGCAACUGCUGCGCCGCAAGUGACCCAGGUCCCCAAUGCCGCGCUGUAUCCCUGGUCGCAACGACGGUUGAACUUCCCUACUCCGCAAUCAAAUCCUUUUCCUCGGUAUGGGGCGGCUGUUAACUCAGUUGCCUCCAAAGACGGUGAUAUAUACAUCAUGGGAGGGCUAAUCAAUGGCUCGAUGGUUCGAGGUGACCUGUGGAUGGUCGAGGCCGGUGGUGGAAACCUGUCUUGUUAUCCCAUCGCAACAGUAUCUGAAGGUCCCGGCCCGCGCGUCGGACAUGCCAGUCUCCUCGUGGGCAAUGCCUUCAUUGUGUUCGGUGGUGACACCAAAAUGGACGAUUCUGAUGUACUCGAUGAUACUUUGUACUUGCUUAAUACUUCAUCUCGUCAAUGGUCGAGAGCAGCUCCGCCAGGCCCACGACCCGCUGGCAGAUAUGGCCACACUCUCAACAUUCUAGGCUCCAAAAUCUACAUCUUCGGCGGUCAGGUUGAGGGCUACUUUUUCAAUGACUUGAUAGCUUUUGAUUUGAAUGCCCUGCAGAGCCCGACGAACCAGUGGGAAUUUCUACUAAACAACACCUCCGACCUUGUUGGCCCAAUGGCUGGCAAGGUGCCGCCUCCGCGGACGAACCAUACUAUGAUCAGCUACAACGAUCAGCUAUACCUUUUCGGCGGGACAAACGGUACGAAAUGGUUCAACGACGUGUGGACGUACAGUCCGACCACCAAUAGCUGGACCCAGCAGGAUUGUAUAGGAUACAUUCCCGCGCCCCGUGAAGGCCAUUCGGCGGCGCUUGUCAACGAUGUCAUGUACAUUUUUGGUGGCAGAACCGAGGAGGGGACGGAUCUGGGUGAUCUGGCAGCGUUUCGCAUCACCUCAAAGCGAUGGUACACCUUCCAGAAUAUGGGUCCUUCUCCAUCACCAAGGUCAGGGCACAGUAUGACAGCAUAUCGGGACAAAAUCGUCGUCCUAGCUGGCGAGCCUUCCUCGGCUCCACGGGACGCCCACGAAUUGAGCAUGGUAUAUGUCCUUGAUACUGCCAAGAUUCGGUAUCCGAACGAUGCCCCAGUCCUCGGUCAAUCCGGUGAGGCGAAAUAUCCCGGCAGCCCGACGCGGAGACCGAGUACAGAUGUGAGGCAUGUCCCGCCGCCCAUCCGUUCCAGCUCGCGGGAGGGCCAGGGCAGUCAAGCCGGACACCGCGAACAAUUCUCCGGCGGUCCAGUGCAGCGGCCCGAAGGCGCGCAGCAAAUCGGGCAAGCCUCACGAUUACCACGAGCUUCCGUUGCGCCAGGCCCCGCUGGGCCGGGACCUCAUAGCCAGGCUGGCACGCCUCGCUCGAACGGGGUUCAAUCUCCUGCGAAUGGUGCGAGAAGUCGGUUUAACGGGCCUCCCAUCGACACCCGUGCGCCUGCGAACGGUCUGGAUUCGAUUCGAUCUGUGCCCAUAGAGGCCCCGGUGCAAGCGCCGGCGAUCAGGGACAUACAAAAGGAGAACAUCAGACCUAGCAGAGAGACCAGUCCGAGCACUCAUGGCCGUAGGACGCCAACACAGCGGACAGAAAACAAGGCAAAGGCCAUGGAGGCAGGUGAGGCGGCGCCGUUGGUCGGUGGCGGGGUAGCCCGACAACGGUCCCUACGGUCGCAGCGAGCUCAAAGCUCCAUCGACAGCACGGAAGAUGGGUUACUCGGCCGCUCUUCGUCUACGCGACAUCAUGGAGAGACUCACGCCGACAAUCGGAGUUUGCGAAGUAUACCUGAUGAACCAAAAUCACCCAAAAUGACUCCCCACCAAGAGGCCCUCCUCAAGGAACUGGAAGCGGUCAAGAAGACGAAUGCCUGGUACGCCUCGGAAUUGGCUCUGGCUCGAAAGCAAGGGUACCAUCCUGGCACGUCAUCCAGCCCGACUUUUGACGAGCGGGCCGUCAGUCAAGUUACCGAUGAUGACCGCCCGCUGAUGGAGGCAUUCAUGACCAUGAGGACGGAAAUGGUCAGGAUGCAAGAAGCCAUGGAAGCGCAGACUUCGUUGAUGGCAAGACGGGUAGCAGAGGUCGAACACCAACGUGAUGCCGCCAUUACAGAAGCGGCAUAUGCUAGGGCCAAGCUUGCAGCUCAUGGUGGCAGUCAACGAAGUACUCCUCAACCCGAUGCCUCUCGUGAACCUGACGAGCAAGAGCGGUUCACCGAGCUUACCCGCCGACUUGCAUUGGCUCUCGCCGCCCAGGCGGAACACAAGGCCAAGGUUGACUCCCUGCAUAGUGAUCUUAUUGCCGAAAAAAGAGCCCGGGAGUUAGCAGAAGAGUCUUUGGAGUCGCUACAACGUCGCUAUGAGGAGCUUAGUAAGGCCCGGAACCCUGGUGAGCUGGAAGCACUCCGGGCAGAGCUGCAUGAGGCGCAAAGCUCGGCCAGGGCGGAAGCAGGCCGGAGGGCAGAUGUCGAAGAAGAACUUCGAACACUCCGAAUCGAGCACGAUGGUCUCCGUAAAGCUCAUGAGGAGGCCUCAUCGCGCCUGACAGACCAUACGGCUUCGAUGGUGGCGCUCCAAGCAGCCCUUGCAGCAUCCGGCGACAAAGCAAGUCUCUACGAACGGCAAAUUGAGGAGGAGCGUCAACAAAGAGAGGCUGCGGAACAAAAACUGUCGUAUCUGAAAUCUGAGCAUGAGGAAAGAACCAGGGAGCUCGAAUCCACCUCGAAACGGCUGCGGGAUGCCGAAGACCUUGCUCAAACGCACGCCAAGGAGGCCUCGACCCAUCGCGAGGCUUUACUUGCUGGACUGGCCAAGCUCUCGAGCCCAGAAGUGGCUUCACGCCACGAUUCGCUUUCCGAACAGAAGAUGGCAGCUCUACGAGAAUCAGCGGAGCACGCGGCAGACCUGGCCAAACGUAACCAGGAGGCCGCCGACAAAGCGGCCCAGAAGCUGCGCACUGCCGAAGAAAGAAUUGCCGGGCUGGAGGCUUACCAAGAACAAUCCAGCCGCGAAGCUCUGCAGAUCCGGCGGCAGCUGCAGGUGGCACUGCGGGACGCGCAGAAACAUCAGGCCGAGAUCCGCGAAUUGCGGGCGAAUCUUGAGAUCAGCCAGCGCGAUGCCAGUGCCCUGGCUGUCCAGCAUAGUGCUCUCAAGGAGGUACUUGGCGAGCGUGGUCUGAAUGCCUCCGACAUGAGACGGUCACCCAUCUUCGACCACUCACCAGGUUCCCGAUUCGGGACACCGGAGCAGAACCGGUUGAAGGAGCUCGACCAACAACUUCAAGCCAGUCUUAAAGCUCAUGAGGAGACCAAGAGUCAGUUUGAAGCUCGUAUGCAGGAGGCUGACAGCACCUACAAGGAAAAGUUGGAGCAGCUGGAAACUGACUACCAGUCUGCUGUCCACUAUGUCAAGGGGACGGAAAAGAUGCUGAAGAAGAUGAAAGAAGAGCUCACCAAGUACAAGACUCAAAACUCUCAACUAUCCAGCGAACUGGAGACGAUGCGAAGCAACAAUGCCGCUUCAACGACGGCGGCGGACACUUCGGCAUGGGACAAGGACCGUCAAGAGUUGCAAGCCUCGAUCGACGAUCUGAGAACCCAAACGGGCAAGCAAGUCGCUCUUCUGGAGUCCAACAUUGCAUCCUUGAAGUCCAAUCUUGCCGCUGUGGAGUCGGAGCGCGACCGGCAGAAAGCCAGUCACCAGCAGCUGGCACAGGCGACCGAACAGGUUGGCCAUGAACUAGAACAACUCAAGUCCGAGAAUUCUAUGCUGGAGAAGCGUGCGCAGGAGGCGGAGACCCGAGUCACCAUAUUGCUUGACCAGGUGGGUCAGUCGGUUGGCAACUAUCGACGACAAUCGCAGUUGCAACCGCUCCCUCAUGACAUCAAUGGGAUCAACCACAACCGAGAAGAAAGCAACUCGACCUUGACAGAUGUGUCGGUGGACGAUGAUGUUCUCGAGCGGGAUGAACGGGGAUCCGUGGCUUUGGACAAUUUGGCGUCCGAACUGGAAACCCUGAGGUCGCAAUGGGAGAACACAAGCAGGAACAACUAUCGGGUAAGCACGCAAUUCGAGUCAGAAAGGACCCCGACAGCGGAGAGCCAUGGGGCCGGACUCAGUAGCAAUCUGGCGAGUUGGAGAAAACGACUGGCAGAAGAAGAAAAGGGGUCUAGGGAGCAGGUCGCUGCUUGA